CUCUAGCUGAUGCGUCACAUAGCGGGCUGAGCAAAGCGGACAGGUCCUACCAUCAAGAGCACGGCCACACCUCUUUCCUGAGCUCCACGGACUGAAGUUUAGGGGAAGCCCAAGCUUUAAAAGUCUCAUUUCAUUUGCAGGGAACCUCCUGUCAACAACUCUUCCUUUCAAAUAUACAGCAGCUGGACACACACGCGCCCACUCACCGAACUGAAAGCAUUUACCUGGAUCAGGAUGACAGCCACAAAAUCUUCUCACACCAUGCGCAAUAUCGUGAUUGGCAUCCUUGCCCUCUGGUCCAUCAUCUCCCUUAUCAUCAUCGUGGUGUGGGCCACCUCGCCCGACAUGAAGAGUUCGAGCCAGUGUCGCGCCGAGGUGCAAGAGCUCAAAGAGAAGCUGGAAGGGGGAAAAGUGGUGUGGCACAAAGACAGAAAAGCCCUUGAGGAUCUGGUGAGGCAGGGAUGGAAAAAUCAGAGUUUCUUACAGAAGCUAAUCGACCAGCAAAAGGUGCAAUUGCUAUUUCUCAACCUAUCCCUGGAGGCCAGCCAGCAAGAAAAUAUCAUUUUGAACGAGAACAUCACGUUUUUGGAGAACAAAAUUGAAGAAUACAACGUUACGGUGAGAAACCUCACCAAUGAAAUCAGCCUGCAAAAAGACCAUAUUGAAGCCCUUGAGCAUAAUUUGACCCUGAACGCCCAGGAAUUGGAUUCGUGUGAGGCUUCACAGACCGCUGCUGAACAGCUCCAAAUCGUUGCGGAGAAACAGCUCAAGACCUGCAAGACGUCCGAGCAAUAUUUAAAGAAACAACUCGCAAAAUGCAAACACGUGGAUGCUCAUGAAGAAGACACCGCUCCAUACCAGUUUACAACUGACAACAAUGGAGCCCAAAGUAUCACCACAAGUAGUGUUACACUGGCUGUGAUCAUUUGCCUUAGUCUGCUGUUGGUACCAUAGAUGAGAGGAAGACUGGAUGAUGAAGUAUUUGGGUACACGUUUCAGUGCAACACUGUUCUGAGGACGCCGCCAAUUGGUGCACUUGUAACCCUGGACUUGAAUCGCAUUUUAAUCUACAUUUGAAAUGGAAAGCACUGAAGAGAAAUUAAUGAUUAUAUUCGGUGUAGUCAGUCAAGGUAGUUUCAUUGCAAAUUGGCUGACAUCUAAAAAUUAUAAGAUGGGUGAGAUACUUCGCUCACUCAAAAAGUAUAUGCUGUACUUCAUUGGUGUUAAAAAAACUUUUUCAUUUUUUAUCUGAAAAAUAUUCGGAUACUAUACUACUAGAUUUUUAAAAAUGACAUACCUAUUUAUUUUUAAAGUAACCUAGAAAAAAAUGGCAACAAGAUAUUACUGUUAAUUAAUGCUUUUUAAAUUCGUUCACACUGUUUUACCACUGUCUGUUUUUGAAAAAAGAUUCGUAGGGACCUUUGAAAGCAACUUUUAAAUAAAGUUACAACUUUUACAUGGUUAAAGACAAUAUACUCUUACAAUAUACUACAGGUUUACAGUAGUUAAGGAGUUUUUGACUGAAAUCUAUGGUAUUGCUUACCGUGGUAAUUUUUUAUGGUGCGCUAGUGUUUAUGUUUUGCUUGUUGAUUAUCAGUAUAUCGCCACCUGUCGGCGUGGAUGCAGCAUCAUGCAAAACCAUUAAAGGAAAAGCACAGUUAAACGCAAAGAAACAUUUUUUAAAAAAUUAUUAAUAACAAAACAUUUCCAAAAAAGUGUAAGGUCAGAAAAUCACACAUAUGCAUCAUAAAAAUAUCAAUUAUUGUCUUAAAAAAAGAUUAUUUAGUAAAACAAGCAGAUCCAUUGAGUGCUGGAAUGGUAUUUUUGGAUGAACUGUUCAUUUUACAAUGUAAACAGACUCAUGUUUUCUUGAUUUAUUUAUCUCAUUGUUUUCUAAAAGCCAAAUUCAUCUGUUUUUAGAGACUGUGCCUGAAUUUGUUGUGUCAAAAACAUUCCCUGCAUCUGAAAUUGCCUAAUAAUAGCAUAAAUCUUAAGCCCCAGUAUGCAUAAAACACAGACUGCGUCAGAUGGACACUCACGAGGCCACGCGAGCUGAAGGACUGCCAAAUUUAAAAAGUGAAUGAAUUAAAAUGGUGUACAACUGUGAGCUGGUUGGCUUUACAAAUGUGUUUUCAAGUAGGUCUACUGUAACAGAAUGCAAUUUUAGAUGCAGCGAAUGAAAAUCUGCAGUGUUGGCGGUAUUCCAGAACCACGGAGAAAGAUGAUACUGUGUGUUGUUAUUGAAUUAACGUUAUACAUUGUAUGUAAGAGUUAUGGAGACACAGUAUUUGGCUGGUCAAACGACAUCCACUUCAUGCAGUGUAAAAUAAAACACUUCAAAAA